AUGUUUGCAAUCAGUUUGAUAGUUCUGGUGAUAAUCGGAGGGAGUGCAUAUGGGGUUCCUGUGUUGGAGGUCAAUUCUGAAAGGAUAAUUGGUGGAGAAGAUGCUCCUGAGGCCUAUUCUCCUCACAUGAUCGCCCUCAUUGAGGGGUAUUACUUCAGAUUCUUAAUGUGUGGAGGUUCUAUAAUCACUAAGAGACACAUUCUGACUGCAGCGCAUUGUAUUGAUCCUAGUAUUAUCGAUGGAAAACUAUCCGAAACCCUCAAUGGGCGAAUCGGCUCGAACCAAUGGAACUCGGGCGGUAUGACGGUCAAGUUUAAAACCUUCAAGAACCAUCCCCAUUGGGAUGUGGAAAAUAUAAAGAAUGAUGCUGGGAUUCUCAUCACUAAAAACGACAUUGAGUUCAGCUUAGAAGUCAGAAGUGUUGCUCUUGGAUACGAAUGGGUGGGAGCAGGAGAGAAAGCCUCUGUGACAGGCUGGGGGAACACCGGACCCAGGGUCGUAGGUGGUGUUGUACAAAUAUCACCUACUCCGGAUGAUUUGCAACUCCUAUACGUAGAGACGAUAGCAACUGACCAGUGCAGCAAGGAUAUGAAAGAAGCAGCAGCAGAGUUGUGGUGGGGACCGGUUCCUGAUGUCGAUCCUCACCUUGAAAUAUGCACGUUCCACUCCGUUGGUCAUGGCAUGUGCAAUGGUGACUCUGGAAGUGCUCUUUUGACAGUCAAGGACGGAAAGCAAGUGGGUAUUGUCUCUUGGGGACUGCCUUGCGCCAUUGGAGCUCCAGAUAUCUUUACGAGAGUAGCUGGCGUGCGCGACUUCUUGGAAGAUGUUUUAAAUGAAAGUUUGACCGAAGAAAUCAACUCAAGAUCGCUGUUUGAAGGUUUCAAUGUUUGA